AUGCAGCCCCAAGUCUAUGUCCUGAGCCAAGGCACCGAGAGCGAGCGCCGAGAAAUGGCCCGCAUGAACAACAUCAAGGCAAGUAAGACAGUCGCAGACGUCAUCAGGACAACGAUGGGCCCACGCUCCAUGCUCAAGAUGAUCCUGGACUCAAUGGGGAGCGUGGUCAUGACAAACGACGGGAACGCCAUCCUGCGCGAGCUCGACGUGGCACACCCCGCAGCCAAGGCCAUGCUGGAGGUUUCACGGGCCCAGGAGGAGCAAGUCGGAGACGGCACCACAAGCGUUGUCAUCCUGGCAGGGGAGGUGAUCGCCAUGGCAGAGCCCCUUCUCAAGUGUGGGAUACAUCCUAUUCUCAUUACGCAGGGAUACCAGAAAGCCUUGGACUUUCUUUUGAGUGAGGCAGAAAGAUCUUCAUUUGAAAUAAAUAUAAAGGGCAUAGAGAUCCUGGGUCUGAAGUCUGAGGCGGCAGGCCCUAUUAUGACAGUUUUAAAGAACUCGCUAUCCACGAAGUUUGUCAGUAGAUGGAUGGAUCUCAUGUGCAACCUUGCGCUCGAGGCGGUCAGCAUAGUCGCUAGAGGACGUGGAGCGGAGGUGCGCAAGGGUCUAGUGGGUGUCACUAAGGAUGCGCGUUCAAAAGGGGAUGAAGCAGAGCUUGGUGCUUCAGUUGACAUUGAUAUUAAGAGGUUUUGCCGCAUAGAGAAGAUCCCUGGUGCGACUGUGGAGGACUGCUGCGUCAUCGAUGGCGUAGUGCUUAAUAAGGAUGUCAUUCACCCCGAUAUGAGGAAGUACAUCAAGAAUCCCCGCAUACUUCUUCUGGAUUGCCCUCUAGAGUACAAGAAGGCCCAAUCAAUGAUGAACGUAGAGCUGUUCCAAGGGAAGUCUGAUCUAGGAGACAUACUCAAGGUCGAAGAAGACUACAUUAGGACCCACGUGGAGAAGAUCCUCAGCUUCAAGCCCGACCUGGUCAUCACCGAGAAGGGUGUGGCGGAUCAGGCGACUCAUAUGUUUGUCCAGCACGGCGUGACAGUCCUCAGGCGCGUCAGGAAGACAGACAACGUGCGCCUUGCGGCAGUUUCCGGUGCCACCAUUGUCAGUCGCGUGGAGGAGCUUCAAGAAAGUGAUGUGGGGACAUACGCAGGCCUCUAUGAGCUCCAGAAGAUCGGUGACGAGUUCUUUUCCUUCAUCCACCAAUCUGGGGGUAAGGCCAGUGCCUGUACCAUUGUGCUUCGAGGCGCCUCCAAGAGCACCCUGCUGGAGAUAGAGCGGAACAUUCAGGACGCCAUGCACGUGUGCAGGAAUAUUAUCCUUGACCCGCGCCUGGUCAUUGGCGGAGGCUGUUUUGAGGCUCACUUGUCGACGGCACUCUCUCAGUAUGCAGACACCCUUGUCGGAAAGCCUCAGCUUGUCAUUAAGGCAGUCGCCAAAUCCCUGGAGGUGAUCCCACGGACGCUGCUGCAGAACUGCGGUGGGAAUAUAAUAAGGACCAUCACCGAGCUCAAGGCUGCCCACACCAGUGACCCGAACUGUCAGCUGGGUGUCGAUGGGGUCACAGGGCUCCUCGUCAACUGCAAGGAGCAGGGCAUCUGGGACCCACUGAGCACAAAGCUGCAGGUCCUCAAGGCCGCUAUAGAAAAUGCUUGUAUGAUCCUGCGCGUUGAUGACAUCUUCAGUUGCGAUGGAAAAAGCGUGUGA